UCUCUUUUUCGUUUCCAGUCCUAACAAUAUGCCGUUCCUGGUGACAAAAGUGAAGUCGUCUGCCGCCAGAUUUUAUACAUUCUUAACACUUUCUGCUUGGAUGGGAUGCGAUAUAUAUUUUGAUUAGCCCCCUCGUUAUGAAGUUGUUUUUGUAUGUGCAAGAUAUACUGUGUAUUUCUGCUUGGUAAUUGUAAUGUAAAGAAACGCGCAAUUACGCGAAUACGGGAAUACUUGUAUGAAGUAUUCCCUUCAAUAGUCGCCUGCACAUAUACCAUUGGCACGUCCUACGUCCCGUCGAUUAUUGAAGCGAAUAAUUCCAAAAAUUAAGUGUACAUUUCGAGCUCCCAGUGUACGCCAAUUCCACUUGAUAAGCUGUAUUCCAAUUUGAGUUGUCUUGUUAUUUGGCUUGUCCUGACUUAAAGGUGCGUAAUGGCAAGUGCCAGAUUAUCUUUCAAUUAAUUUUUUUGCAAUAUAUGCAAUAGGAAAACCCUGUUAACGCCAUUUCAUUUUAAAAGAACCAUUUUCCGUCGGGUCGCGAAAACACAUCAGUGCUGUUCACCGGUUUGCAGGGACCCCAUGUGCACAUUUUCUCGGUGUUCCUAGUUAAUUGGGUUUGACCGUUUAAACUGUUAAUUGAGUUCUGAUCUAGAUUUGCUAUAUCCUGUGAGUUAAUAUGCCUAUUGUGACUUUUGGAGUUGUGUUUUAAUGAAUUAAGAUUACUUUUCAUUAAUUAAUCUUAAUUAAUUAAGCUGUUAAUUGAAUUCUGAUCUAGACUUGCCAUCUCCUGUGAAUUAAUAUGCCUUUUGUGAUUUUUGUGUUUUAAUUAAUUAAGUGGUGUUUUAAUUAAUUAAGAUUAAUUUUCAUUCAUUUAAUUAACUUUAGCUGCAACAGAUUUACCUUUAUUCAAAUCAGUCUACACAUGUCUUUCUCAAAGAACUUCAGGCAGGUUCAAAAAUCAAUGUAGUUGAUUCAAAGAUCAGUUCAAAAUACUGGUGUAGACUACACAGUGGGUUAUCAGACUAGGGUUAUUAUGGUUCAGGGAAUGCCAAAAUGUGAACACAAUAUACAACAAUUAUACAUAAUAAGUGCAUAUUUAUUUCCUGGGUGGUGUAUGGAUGCCGAUACAUCCUCUCAUUAAUAACUUUACACUUUACCUGCUCACUCUUUCAAGGAUUAACUGCUAUGUUAUAUACUAUGUAAGCAAUUAACAGAGGCCGUGGUUGAAAUAUAAAUAUAUGGCUCAUGUAGUUUUAAUGGAGAAAUCUACCCACAUGUAGUAUGUGUCAUAGCGUUAUGUUCAGAAUGUUUAUGCCAGCUUUUCCAUCCGUUUGAUCGAGUGUUGUGUGAGGGGAAAUGGAAAGGCCACAGUGAGGAGGGGAGAGAGUCGGAGCGAGUGCCAGGGCUGGGAGCUCUGCCCGUCUGGGUAAUGAGACAGAGACGCUACCCGUCCAACACCUGUGGAGGACGGCUGAGAGCUGCAGCCUGGCCCUUGCAGAUGCAGUGCUACCACUGUGAGGACAACCUGCUGGGGCACGACUGCUCCACGCCGCAGUUCAUCGUCAAUUGCACCACCAACAUCCAAAAUGGCUGCCAGAAGGAGGUCAUGGUGGGCGCAAAUGGUGUGACGUACCGUAAGGCCUGUGCCUCGUUCACCACCUGCCUGGUGGUGUCGGCCGGAUACCAGUCCUUCUGCUCCCCCGGGCGCGUGGGGUCCGUGUGCAUCAGCUGCUGCAACACGCCCCUCUGCAACGGGCCCCGUCCUCCCCGAAUCUCCCUGGGGUCCCCCCUCCGGCCUCUCUCGCCCCUCCUGCUCCUUGCCGCGAUGCUGGCCACCCUCCUCUGAUCCUGACAACGGCCCCCCCUCCCCUCCCACCACCUGCCCCCGUCCCAGGCUUCCCCCGAGGGGACAGUGCAGGCCUGGUCCCUUUCUUUCGUCCCGUGUCUGAAGUUGGACGUGUACAGGGCCGAACGGACCUCACGUGACACCAUGGCCCUUCUCUGCUGUCGCGCCAGAGUGGCAGAGCAGUGAGCAGCAGAGUGGUGAGCAGCAGAGAGGCGAGCAGCAGAGCAGUGAGCAGCAGAGAGGUGAGCAGCAGAGCAGUGAGCAGCAGAGCGGUGAGCAGCAGAGCAGUGAGCAGCAGAGUGGUGAGCAGCAGAGAGGCGAGCAGCAGAGCAGUGAGCAGCAGAGAGGCGAGCAGCAGAGUGGCGAGCAGCAGAGAGGCUCGUGAGCGGUAAUCUGUGGAGGCGUCUCUCCUGGCAGCCGCUGAGGCCCAUUUGUUCGGCGUGACUCAUUUUUUUGAAACGUGCCCAAAACGGGCAGGUGCGGCGGAGGAAUCUGGAACGGCCUCCGCUCCGUGGCGAUGAGCUGCUGAAGGUUUUACGAGGACCCCAGAACGCUCGCCGCCCAAUUGGACCGGGUCGCCGACUGUCCGUCCCAGAAUGUAAAACGCCAGCGUCGCAUCCAAGCAACCGAGUGUCAUUUGAAGGCCUGUCAUGUCCCCGUUCUAAACACUGACAGUGCAGUGGCGUACCACUGACCUUUGACACUUGCCCUGACAGUGCAGUAAGGACAGGCUCAUCACACGUAAAAGGUGCACGCAGACAGUGGCAGUAAUUCAGAGUAGCAACAAGUGAAGGAUGUGAAUUUAAGUGAUAUUGUACAAAGCAGUAACUAAAAGGGGGAAUGUAUCUCUCCCUCUGCCCCUCCGAAGGCAUUAAAAACACAAACCUGUCAUUCCAGUUGCAACGAGUCUGAUAAAGUUUGUAUCAGAUGUUUCCAUCAGACUUUCAAAGUGAAUUGACUUGCGUGCAUCUGUCCGAUGCCCAAACCAAGGCAGAUGUUUCUAAAUGAGUGUUGUGAUUGCAGGCAGCCUGCACAUCUUGCAGUCAGUGAUGACUUCAAUUAAUCAUUUACAUAUUAAGAAUGAUCAUUCUGUUUUGCAGCCAAGGUGCAGAUUGCAUCUGAUUCCACAUGCCUCAUUGCAUAGUUAAACCUGUUAUUGAGCAUUUUCCCUUCAGUUUGCAUGCUGAAUUAGUCAACUCGCCAAGCAUUUUUAUGAAGGCAUGUGCGGUGUUUCUACUUGUCUUGUUAAAAAACUGAGAAUCAACAUUCAAGUCACAUGAACUCACACUAACUGGAAUUUCGUGAUAUCUAGUUGUGGUCCCUGCUUGUCCAGCAUCAUCAUUUAAUUGCAGAAAAUUGCUCACACACACAGGCCUGGAAUGAAUCAACAUUCGUCAUUGACUUUGUCUUGUCAACAAAGGCCUUUGCCAAACAGUUAGGCAAAUUCAUUUGGCUGAUUAAUAAACUAGCCAAACAAAUUCUUGCAUUUAAUAGUGUUCAAGUAAGGACAAACGUUGAUUCAAUUCAGUCCACAAACACACAAUGAAGGCAUGUCACUGUAUUUUUGUGUGUGGUACAUUUGCUGUACAGUGUAGUCUGUAUUGUGCUGUGUUGGAUUAUUGUGUUGUGGUGCACAAAAUUAAAUAAUUCAUACAGUAGACACCCAGUGAGCACUUUAUUAGGUAUUUAUUAGACUUAAUAUUUAGAUGUAUUUACUUCUGCUGCUGUAGCCUAUCCACUUAGAGGUUUGAUGUGUUGUGUGUUCAGAGAUGCUCUUCUGCAUACCACUGUUGUGAUGCGUUACUGUCAUAUUCCUGUCAGCUUUGGGCCUUCUCCUCUGACCUCUCUCAUUAAUAAGGCGUUGUUUCCCACAGAACUGCUGCUCACUGGAUGUUUUUUGUUUUAAGCACCAUUCUCAGCAAACUCUAGAGACCAGUGUGUGUGAAAAUCCCAGGAGUUCAGAAGUUUCUGAGACACUCAAACCACCCUGUCUGGCACCAACAAUCACUCCACCGUCAAAGUGACUUAGAUCCUGUUUCUUCCCCAUUCUGACAUUUGGUUUGAAAAACAGCUGAAGCUCUUGACCAUGUCUGUAUGCUUUUAUGCAUUUAGUUUCUCUCACAUGAUUGGCUGGUUAACUAUUUGCAUUAACAAGCUGGUGUACAGGUCUGCCGAAUAAAGUGCUCACUGAGUGUUUGUUACCUUUAAUGUGUAACAUUUGAAAGAGCCCUUCUAAAUAAAGUCACUUUUGGAGAAA